UGACGAAAGUUCCAACCUGGCAUUCAUCCGUGUUUUGAGAGGCGAGAAGUGCAGAAAAAGGAAAAUUUUUGUGCAAAUUUCGGAAAUUCCCUGAAAAAACGCCAAGAUUACGAUAUUUUCAGUGUGUCCGGUCCGCGCGAGUGUAUUCGUCCUGCAGGAAGCAGAUUUCAGUGCCGUUAUUGUCCCGUUUUGUGCACUAUAACCCCCUUAAGUACUGUAUGAUUUGAGUAAUUCAUCCAUUGAACCGUUCUAUACAAGCACCUAUUUCAACUGUCUGGACCAUCCUAACUUUACACAAGAAACAGCAAACAAUAUAAAAAAUGGAAAAAGUAUUGAUGCGAACCAUCGUUUAACUGAGAGCAAGAACACUUUUGUGAGGCCAAAUACCGCCGCCUUACCAGGAAGCGUGAUAACCAUGGCAGAGCCAUUUUCAGCCUCGACAGCAUUUACCAACAAUAACAACAACGAUGGCUGGGGCGACGAUUGGGGUGAUUGGGGAGACACCACCAAUGCGUUCACACCGCAAAAGGCUGCACCUCCGCAACAGCAUAUACAGCAAACUGUUCCACCAAAAUCGAACAUGAACACCACCCAGUACUUCCAAACCCAGCAACAGCAGCAGUAUCGGCCACAACAGAUGCAUUUGGAUCAAAACAAUAGGAAUUUCAUGCCUAAUCAAGUUCCAACUACUGCUAAUCAACAGCAGAUGUACGCUAACUAUACGACCCCACUUGCUCCAAUUCAGCAGCAGCAGCAACACUUUCAACCGACUUAUCAACAGCAUCCCUAUCCUCCACAACAGCCACAGUAUACGCAGCCGCUGGCACCAACUAACUUUUUCACCCAGCCUACACAAAGACCACCAUCACACCCCCCAGCAUCGGUAACGCCAAACUUUCCCCAAAAUUCAGUUUCGCCGUUCGAUCAAACCAUUUCUGAUAGUUUUAACUCCAGUGCCAAUGAUAAUUGGAACUGGAACCUUUCGGACAAUAAGCCAUCUGCUAGUCCAAAACCACAACACGUUGAGGCGAAGCCGCCGAUAAAUGCAGUACAGGACAUGUAUCAUCAACAACCAAGUUAUGUGCAGCAAAACACUGUUCCUCAAAAUACUUUCAGUUUACCUGGUGCUGGAAACAAUACUCAACUGCCUCAGGCCAAAGUGCAGCCAGCGCAGCUAACACGCCUUAAAAAUGAAACUCUAUCGCCGCAGUGGUCUAUAGAAAGUCAAGUCUCGCAAACUUCUAGUGAUCGUUCCAUAGAGAGCGGUGAAAUCGGUGAAAGCAGAAGUUCCAACACAGGUCCGUCAGAUGAUGGUUCAUCCGGGAGAAAUCAAGUUGAAAAUUAUGAAAAUAUUGGAGGAUACGAACAGCAAUACCCGGAUCUGGCUGCGGAUAAGUUAGAUAUGGCAUUAAACUCAUUGAGUAUCAAACAAGAGCCCCGAGUGGAAGUUGAAGACAAAGGUUCCAACAACUACAGAGAAUCUUCGUUUCCCCCGCCACCACCUUCAAUCGCAAGUAUUCAGCAAACUGAUAAUGGAGCCAUUCCUCCAAAAUCGUCAUCGAAAACACCGCCUUUGCCACCUCCUCCUACAGAGGUUGAACAGAAAGCAAAUGCUGAGAACCAACUCCUUCCUCCUGGUCCACCACCCACACAAGGGCCUCUACCAAUCCAAGGACCUCCCAAAGCAGCACUUAAUCCUUUCAAGCGUACUACACAGCGUGCCCAUAUUGCAACUCCUGGUUUGGGAGUUACCCAACCACCAGCGCCAAUCGCGCCAGUUUUCUACCAACCGCCAGAAAUCACUAAUGUUGAGACUUUCUCGCCUGAAAACCAAGAGAUACCAGAUGCUCGUAUAGAGAACGCCGAAAACCUUGAAGUUGCUCCUAGUAACGACCGUAACCAGUAUCUCCAAACUGGGCAUUUAUCAGAAGAUGGCUACACAGCUUCGCAUCGCCCAGUAUCGCACGAUCAGCAACAGGGCGAAGAUAGUCUUCCACCCCCAGGGUUGUCGCGAUAUGUACCCGGUCAACAACAGUCUGAAAACAAUCAACAAAUAACCACUCAUUCCUAUCUUGAACCACCUCCUGGUUUGGACCGAAUGAUUCCAGGAACCGACUUAGAAAAUGCAACCGAUCUCAACAUGGAACGCCAAGCGGACGGUGAAGUUUCGGAUUCGGCUUCGAAUCCCAACCCGCGACCAGCGUAUUCAUCCGCAGCAACCAUUCAAGCGGAUCAUCAUCAACAUCGUGAGGAGGAAAUCAGUGAUCGGAAUUUAUAUUUGGUUCCAGGAGAAAGUGAUACACACCACAACCAGCAGCGCGUAAUACCCGGAGUCGAGGAUGAUCGACCUCCACAAAGUACCAGCGCUAGCAGCUAUUCGGCACAGCAUCUCAUAGAUAUUCCCAUCAACGAGCAACAACGAGAGUUAAUUAUGGACGGCGAAAACCCGCACGACCCACCUACACAACCGAUUCACGUGGAGUUGAGUCGUGAAGAACCUAUCGAAGGUGGUAACACCGAUGAUGACAACCCAGUUGUCGCUAGUACUUCUGGAGCGGGCCCUGUUAGUAACGUAGACGCCGAAUCUAAUCUUAUCGUGGAAACAACUCGAAAGGAUCCAUCCAACACCUCCACAGCAGAUGAAAGUGAUAAGGAACGAUCGAUGUUCUAUGGUAAAGGUAAAUCUUCUCGGCGAGACGAAGAUCCAUUACGUCGUUCGAACAAAAGCAAGAGCUCACGAGAUCGGUACGAUACGGAGGACUCGGACUACAGCGAUCGGGACCGACGGAGGAGGGAGCGUGAGGGGAGCGCCAACGUAGAGCAACGUGAUCGAAGACGGGGCGAUCGGGAAAAAGAAAGGGACCGACGAAAGGAUGGCGGCAAGGAUCGUGAUCGAGAACGAGAUCGUGACUACGAUUACCGGGACAAGGAGAAAAACAGAUACGACCGCGAACGGGAUCGCUACGGUCGAGGCAGCAAAUAUGAUCGAGACAGUCGUUACGAAACCGAUGGAUCCAAAUACGAAACCGAACGAUCGACACGAUACGACAAGGAAGGCGAUACCGGCAAGCGAUAUAUGUCCCGUGAAGAGUAUUAUCGAAAACGCGAGGAACGGGAACGCGGAGGCGUAGAUGAUCGUCGCUAUCGAAAAGAGAAGGAACGCGAUAGAGGUGAUCGCUAUCGAGAUGAUAGGAGAAAAGAUGAUCGUUAUCGCGAAGGACCGGGCGAUAAACGACGGGAUCGUCACGAUCGACGCUACGAGUACGAGGAUUACCGAGGGGGAAGUCGUAAUGGCACCGAGCGAGACCGGGAACGCGAUCGUGCUCGUGAGAGUCGUGAACGUGACGACCGCAAGGAUCGAAAGUAUCCACCGUCUAACUACGGUGCUCAAUAUGGCGCUACAUCGGGGUAUUAUGAUCCCUACAGUUACUACACUCAGCAUCAGCAGUACUACGAACAGCUGCGACGUACCAACCCCCAGGCGUAUGCCGAAUGGUAUCGCACUUACUACAGUCAAAUGCAGACGGCCCAGAUGCAGCGUGACUUGCUGACUAGUGAUGGUCGCGAGUCGGUACAUUCCGGGCGCAGCUCUGCCAACGAUAAAGAACGGUUUAAUCGCACGACACCGUUCCUUCAUCAGCCCGGCAUGUAUAAUCCGGAAGACUAUCAUCGUCAUUUCAAUAAUCAAUCGCAACCAUCCGCCAUGCUCGACCAGAGCUUUCUCAGUGAAGUAUCCGGUCAACCGACGUCACUGCCAAUGUACCACCAUCAACAAGCGAUGGCCACAUUCCAACAACAGCAACAACAACAACAACGGGCCACUCCACUGAUUAUGGAUAGGUCGUACCACACUGAAAGUGGAUAUUACCAGCCAAGGUUGGACAAUACAGAUGGAUCACUGCGACAGGAACCGAGCGCCAUAGCCAUGAUGGAACCGGAGCGCCUUACUCCACGAAAGUUCCCUGAGAUACAUCCGAUUGUGAGUGUAUCGUCUGGAUUGCUAGUGACUGCCAAGAAUCGUCUGACAAUCAACGGUACCACUGACUUGGUAAAAAUUUGGAGCUUAGGAACGAAUGAACCUACACGUAAGCUGUUUCAAUCUUAUCCUGGGCCUUUGGUCAAAGACAAGACACACAAAAAGUCAGUGAUUGAAUUUUGCGAGGAACAACUUCGAAACGGUCCAAUUGCUGGACUUGGGCAUGCCAUCAUGAAGUCACGUGGAAAUUCACUCAAUAGUUUACAAUCGCUGGGUUCGAACGUAAAUCGUGGUUCAUACACCCUACUGUGGAAUUAUAUAAUCCUACUUUUGAGACAAAAUGGCACGUUCGUCGGAACUGAUAUUUCGGAGCUUUUGAUGCAGAACAAACUGGAAUUCCCAUUCGAUUCACACCAGGCAAGCGUACGAUCAGCGAAUGUUAGUGGAAGGAAUUCAUCUCUAUCGAAUGUCGAUCGUGCACCACGAGAGCAGCACGGAGAUGGCCUUGGUGAUGAAGACACCGCGGAACAGUCGGAAAUUGCUGAUGCUUCUGUUGAACUUGAACAACAUUCGAGCGACGAAAAGAAAGAGCAACUCAGCGAAUUGGAAAUUACCGAUAAGUUUAGAAAUUAUUUAAUCUAUGGCAACAUAAGUGACGCACUGGAAUGGGCAACAGAGAAUAAUCUUUGGGGGCAUGCAUUGUUCCUGGCGUCAAAAGUUGAUUCGCGGCAGCAUGCAAACGUGAUGAUGAAGUUCGCCAAUAAACUAACUUUGAACGAUCCGUUGCAAACACUUUAUCAGUUGCUCAGUGGAAGAACUCCGUCGGCUGUUACUUGCGUGCUUGACGAAAAGUGGGGCGACUGGCGACCACAUUUGGCUAUGCUCAUGUCAAACAGCUCUGCCAAGCCGGAAUUGAUCAAGAAAUCCAUUACGACAUUGGGCGAUUCACUGUACAAUCGCGGCGAUUUGUAUGCGGCUCAUUUCUGCUAUCUGCUGUCGGAUGUUAAUUUUGGAAAGUUCUCCGAUGUGAAACCGGAGAGUGGAACCACUAUUAAUGCCAAUACUGUAGUACGAUUAGUUUUGCUCGGAUCGGCCCAUCUGCAACGCAGUUUCAAGGAGUUCUCCACGAAUGAAUCCAUAAUGAUGACUGAAAUCUACGAAUAUGCCCGUUCUUUGAAUGAAGAACGUUACUCCAUUUCAGAAUUGCAAUUCUAUAAAUAUCUACUGGCCUGCCGCAUGUUGGACCAUGGAAUGCAACUCAAAUGUUUGCUGUAUAUGGAACAAAUCGCCGAGCAGAUCCAACAGGAUCCUUAUCGAUUUGAUUCUGAAUUCAUCAGAAAGGUUUACACACUCGGUGAUCGUUUGAAAUUCUACGAUCCCGUGUUGGAGAAGGCCUUAGACGAAUCUGUAGAUAACACUGGUCAAGGCAAUAUCUACGCAAACGUUGAAGAUCCGGCUUGGUUGCAAAGGCUAUGUGCAAUACUUACAAACUACAAUGCUGCUAGUUACGUUGCCGAACCAAUCUAUGACAACUCUCCCGAUUACAGUAACUAUAAUAACUACGGUUCUGGUGGCGAACAUUUGAUUGAACAACAGUCACAGCCUGUCAACCAGGACUCAGCUGUCAACAUGGACUCUAAAGAAAUCAAUAAAGAAUUUACUGAGAUCAAUCAACAGCUUGGUCGUUUAAACUUACAGUACGUAGAAGGUUACGAUCCGAAUGCGCAACAACUACAGCAACAAACGCCAAUACACCAUCAAUAUGAUCAUCAGCUAGCAGCACCAAGUUAUGACCAAGGCUAUGAUUCGAUAAAUCAGUCAUCCCUUCAGGAUGAUACCCACUUGCAGCAACAACAAGCAUCACACGAUACAUUCGAUCAGCAUCAACAGCAGCAACAACAAGCGUCAUACCCGUACGCUUAUGACGGUGCAUCGGCCCAACCCAGCAUGUUCACGCCAUCCCCUGUGUCGAAUCAGGACCCUCAACAACCGAGUCCCUACGACUACUGGAAUUCCAAUGCCGAGCCGGGUUCGAAACGAGUCGCGUCCGUGUCCGCUAGACAGCAGCAGGGUGCAUCCCCUGCGCGCUCGGGUACAACCACCGCCGCCGAUACCAUACCCGAGUACGAGGAGAAAUCGCUAGAUACACCCUACUCCUCGUCACCAGUACCGCCCGGACAUAACCACGAUUCGCACCCAGCUGCGCCUUCGUCAUCCUCGUCUCUACCGCCAGCCGCUGGUAGGGACUAUGGCGGUGGCUUGGCUGCGGGCGGUGCUGGUCUCAACUACAUACCAAAACCUUCAAUUUCUAUGCCGAAUGCAGUAUCAAACCGACCGGGGUUCGAUGACGAUCAAACCAACCCCAAUGCUUCACCUCAGCAUCAGACACAAGCGAGUCAGCAGCAGGCAAACGAUGCUUCGUCCAAAGCUGCCAAUGCACCGAUCAAAAAGGCCGCUACUACAAAAGACCCCAAAGCGGGCAAUAAUGCUCAGGGUUCUGGCUGGUUUUCGUGGUUUAAAUUGAAACCAAAAAAUCAAAUGAUUCUGCCAGAUGAUAAAAAUCCAACGAUUGUAUGGGAUCCCGAUAAAAAACGUUGGGUCAACACGGAAGGAGAUGAAGUAGGCGAGGAAGCAUUCAAGCCUCCACCGAAAAUGUCCGACAUAAUGCCUGGGGCGGCUGCUUCCCCACAAGUGCUACCCCCAGCCGCACCAAUGCCAUCGGCGCAGCCCGUGGCUGGUUUCCCUCCGGGUCAGAUGCCGAACAAUGCGGUCAUCUACGGAACGGCAUCUUCACUGAAUGUCGAUCCGAACAACCAAGUACCGGUCGUUCAGGCCCAACCCACCGGAGGACAAGCACCAACGCCAGUAACGGCCCCGAAGGUGGGUGAACCUACCAAGGUUCCAACGUUGCAAUCGAACAUGUUUAAAAUGCAGAGGAAUCGAACUUUGAAAAAGUCCUACGUUGAUGUGUUCAAUCCGUCCGGUGCGGCGCCGAGUCGACCGGCGGAGCCAAUAUUAGCACCAACCGUUCCGGCAAUGGCAACACCGCAGGGCGGAUUCUUUAUUCCGGGUGCGGCUCCUAUUGGUGGACAACCAAACGAGAGUGCAGCAGAGGGGAUGCCUCAGUUCUAUAACCCCAACCAGUAUGCUGGAGGAUACCAACAACAGUGAUGAAAAAGUUGUUUGGUUACGAGCAAGUAACAGUGAGAGCGAACAUCUACCUAAAAUAUAAACUACCCAAGAGACUGCCGACAGUACGUGGCAACCCUAUAAAAAAUAAAACAUAUUCGUUAGAAACAAAAAAGUCAACGCGUGCAAGUCAGUGAAACCUAAUUGAGGGUGUGAUUAGAUCAAGCCUAUAGGACAGAAAUACUAGGGAUGAAUAUAGUAGGGCGUAGAUAUGAAUGUAAACUAUAGUUUGAACAAUUGGAGUUUAACAAUUUACGUUUUGUGUGCGUUAUCUUUAUUAUUUUUUUUAUUUCGGGACAAAAAAUAAAUUAGUCAAAAUUAUUACAAUGUCCCGUUUUGUAUGUUUAUUUUCACAGAAUGCAUAUUAGUGAAGAUACAUUGAUAUGUUGUAAUAAAUAUGUACAGAUCGAUGCUGAUUAUUUUCAUAAGGUAGUUAACGGAAUCCAUUUCGGUCAAAUAAAACUGAAAAUUGUUAGAAUUUGUUAUUAUCGUAAACGAACCCAAUAGAUUGCUUUUAUUCGGUUGAGUAUCUCCAUGCAUAAGUUGAUUAAUUUUAGGUGAAACAUUAAAAAAUGAUGGAAGUUUCUAGUAUGAAUUAAAGGUCUGUGUAUUUUUUUUGUAACAAGGUUUAAUUGCUCAUUUUUUUUACAGACUAUUCAUAAAACAUCAAAAAAAUAGCAACGGUGUAGUUUUGUUUUACCGGAGCAAUAACAGUAAUCAAAUGAAAUAGCUGCAACCUAGGGAAUGGUGUAUGCUCGCUUUGAAAAAGCAUGCUUAUAUACAAUAGUGAGUUAAUGUGAUAUGUUCGUUUCUUUUUGUUUCAAGUCUUAUAUGUACAGAACAAAGUAAAACGUAUAUUUUUUCUUCCUUUUUUCAAAAAAACACAAUACACAAGAAAAGACAAAAAUUGAAAGCCUCGAAACAUGAAAAACGAAUAAUCUAUACAGAUAAAUCAAGUUUGCAGUAGAUAGUGGAUGAUGUGUUGGGAGCUAUGGAAAAUUAUGUUUAAAUUGUGAUGGAAAGCGAGAGUUGCGAAAUAUGAUAAUUUAGAUAAAGUAUGACUCUUCUAGUGAAAUGGUACCUAUGUAUGAAGUUUCAAAUCAAAAUAAAGCAUCUAUUAUCCAUUAAAGUAUGUUUGGAA